AUGGCAUACUACGGCCGUGACCAGCGCUACGGCGGGUACGGCGGCGGCAUCGCGACGCCGGGGUACGCUCCUCCGGUGCCGUACGGGAUGUCGCAGGUGAACAUCGAGGGCAACGGGUGCGGGCGGCCGCUGCCGCCGCAGCCGACCGUGAAGGUGUACUGCCGCGCCAACCCCAACUACGCCAUGACUAUCCGCGACGGCAGGGUGGUGCUGGCGCCGGCGAACCCCAAGGACGAGUACCAGCACUGGAUCAAGGACAUGCGGUGGAGCACGAGCAUCAAGGACGAGGAGGGUUACCCGGCGUUCGCGCUGGUGAACAAGGCGACCGGGGAGGCCAUCAAGCACUCGCUGGGGCAGUCCCACCCGGUGCGCCUGGUGCCCUACAACCCGGACUUCCAGGACGAGUCCGUGCUCUGGACCGAGAGCCGCGACGUCGGCAAUGGCUUCCGAUGCAUCCGCAUGGUCAACAACAUCUACCUCAACUUCGACGCCCUCCACGGCGACAAGUGGCACGGCGGCGUCCGUGACGGCACCGACGUCGUGCUCUGGAAGUGGUGCGAGGGCGACAACCAGCGCUGGAAGAUCCAACCCUACUACUGA